UUCGCUUUAAGAAACUUUGGCCUUUAUCUUUGUUUGCGAGGUCGGCGUUAAAUUAUUGUAAUCUAGAAGCCGGUUGAGAAAAAUGCUUAGACCAGCCAUAUUGAUUUUGGUAAUCUUCGGUCUUGGUGAAUGCUUUAUAGUAACUCACAGGAAAAGUCCAGCUGUAAACACAACCUGUGGUCCGAUUGAAGGUUUAUCGCAAAACGGUGGAUAUGGAUUUCGGGGGAUUCCAUAUGCUUUACCGCCAAUUGGGAAAUUGAGAUGGCAGCCGCCAAAGAAAUUAAACAGGGCCGACGGAACGUGCUGGAAUGGAACAUUUUCUGCCAAGCAAUAUGCGAAUAUUUGCUUUCAAUAUAAAUAUAUUAAACAUAAAACAGUUACGACAUUCUACGGAAGUGAGGACUGUCUGUAUAUGAAUGUGUUUACACCGACGCUUAAUAAAUCAGCCAAGUUACCGGUAAUGGUCUGGGUUCACGGUGGUGCAUCAUACUCUUCAAGUUCCGGAAAUGACCCCACCUACUUCGCGGACGAAAAAAUGGCCGGGGAGACAAAUGUUGUUUAUGUAAACCAUAAUUAUAGAUUACACACUUUUGGGUUUCAGGCACUGCAGAUACUUGCGGACGUUUCACCUACUAACACUUCUGGCAACUACGCUUUCAUGGAUACUUUAGUAGUUCUCAAAUGGGUACAAGACAAUAUUCAAAACUUUGGAGGGGAUCCAUCACAGGUCACGUUGUACGGCCAAAGCGCUGGUGCAACUCAUGUUUUAGGGUUAAUGGCCUCGCCAUUGGCCAAGGGGUUGUUUCACAAAGGUUGGAUGGCUAGUGGUUCCCCUCGUUAUGAUAAACUUGCGAAAGACGCAUACGAAGACAAUAUUGUUUACCUGAACAACACUAAAUGUUCUACAGUUGAUUGUUUGCUUGCUCUUACAUCACAAGAAGCAACAGAAGCUGUGCCAUGGGAUGAUUUUCCAAACUGGGAUAUGUAUGACCAAUACGAUAUCCCGAAGAAACUCACGAAAUUUGACGGUUCUAUGGCAAUAGUUGAUGGUUACGUUGUUCAACAGCCUCCAUUCGAAGCCUGGGCGAGUGGAUUCAAAAUGGACAUUCCUUUCCUGGUCGGUAGUGCUGGUCAAGAAAUGGACCAGAGAGACCCACCUAGUGAUAUGGGUACGUGGGAGAACUACGAGCGCUUCGUGCAUCAGCAGCUAGACACAUUUAGCACGUACAUUGCGGACAUGGCACUCAAAAUGUAUCCUGUGGCUGGAAACCUAACUGCGCGUUAUCAAUGGGCAAGUAUGGUAAGCGAUAUAAGAGUAAACUGUGGAAACAACCUUGUUGCUUUGAUGGCGGCAAAAACGUUCAAAUCACCAGUCUACCGGUAUGUUAAUACCAACAACCCAUCGCAACCGUUCGGAGACGGCGCGGGAUCACCCAUCUACCCAUUCCAUACUCACGAUAUGUAUGCCUUUUUUGGAUAUUUGGAAAGCUACUUGUAUCCUCUUAGCGAUUCGGACAAAAAGUUUCAAAGGAAUAUGAAAGAUGAGGUUAUAUCUUUUGUGCGUCAUGGUCAUCCUAACACAACGUCAUGGACAACAUUUCCAGGCUCCACUGGACUCAUCUCUGACACAGUUACAACUAUCCCAGAGUAUCAUGCAGAAGAAUGCGAGUUUCUCUUUGCCAAUGGUUUUUUCCCCUAUUCAUGGCGUCAAUAGACAUUAGCAUGAUUUUUUUGUAUUUCUUUUCGUGUAAAUUGUUGCAGUGUUCUUACGUGUUUGCGUAUGUUUUGUUUUUUUCCGUUGGCAUUUGGAUUCAUUAACCUUUACGAUAGUGACAUGGUUACCAUUUGUUUUCUAAUGUGUGUAAACAUAUUUUAAUUAGCCUAUUUGCUGAUAAUUUAAGUCCAUGUCUUUAAAAAAUAUCAUGUACCUUGGAUUCAUCUGAUAUUGAAAUUUGUACAUGUACUUGAUAUUUUUUAAUUCAGAUCUUAUCUCAUGUUUAUAGUAUAGCCUUUAUUAGAUUAAAAUGUUAACAUCGUUUUAUCAAUAAAGUAGUACAGUAGUGUAACUGUAUGAUAAGAAAUCUA